GCGACAUCACCGCAUCGUUGUGCUUGUUUUAUAAAAUAAUAAAAUGGACAACUUAUCAACAAAUAUAGCGCUUGUAAGAUCUAUUAAAGGAUAUCCCUGUUUAUAUGACAACACUAUCCCGGCUUAUACAAAAAAAGAAAUUACAGAUAAAGCUUGGAUUGAAGUAUCAAAUGAAACUGGAAUAUCAGCUGGAGAAUGCAAAGAGAAAUGGAAAAACCUGCGAUGGGGAUUCAUAAGAAGUUUAAGGCCAAAUCCAGAUGGAACAGUAAAGAAGAGAUAUUAUUUACACGACGACAUGGAUUUUGUACUUCCUUUCGUGAAGCUACUUCAAAAACAUGGUCAUAAUAUUCCCACUCAUGACAGUGACAUUGAGGACGAAAAUAUAGAAUCAGCUGAAAACGAGGGUAUUGAAUAUGAAGUGUUCGACGAACAUAGAGCUAGAGCUAGAUUAUACGACUCUAAACAAACAACUGAAAAAAACGCACAGCGUAAAAAUGGACAGUCGCCACAGUUUUUCGAAUACAGGGUACAAGAGCCUCAAAGUAAAAGAGCUAAGAUUUAUGAAUCUGUACCAAAUCAUACAGAAGAAAUAGAUUAUAGAAAAAUGUUUCUGUUUAGUUUAUUACCAGAGAUAAAUGUGCUAUCAGAGAGCCAAAUGAGAGAUUUCAGAAGAAAAGUUUUUAUGUUAAUCGACGAGAUUAAACAAAUAACAUAG